AUGCGCACCUCGUCAGUCGUGCUGGCGGUGGCCUCUGCCGCAUCUGUACUUGGCUCUCCUUUGGUGAAGAAGGCCAACUAUGACCCCCUUCCCGGAGGCGAUGCCACGAUCCUGAACUACGCCCUCACUCUGGAGUACCUUGAGAGGGCUUUCUACGGCCAGGGACUCAAGAACUUCACCGAGUCGGACUUCUGCGAGUUUGCGGGCGUAGUCGGCGAGAAGUUCUACCAGAACUUGAAGAUUAUUUACGAGGACGAGAAGACGCACGUCGACUUCCUCCUGAAGGCUCUCGGAACCUCUGCUAUCCCUGAACCGUCUUUCAGCUUCCCCGUCACCGACGCCGAGUCCUUCAUCGGCCUCGCCGGGAUCCUCGAGGGCGUUGGUGUGUCCGCGUACCUCGGAGCCGCUGCCGUCAUCGCCGACAAGUCCUACCUCACGGCCGCCGGCUCCAUCUUGACCGUCGAGGCUCGCCACACGUCUUACAUCCGCGCCGCCCUCCGGCAGAAGCCCUUCCCUACCCCCUUCGACACUCCGCUCGACUUCAACCAGGUUUUCUCCCUGGCGGCGCAGUUUAUCACGGGCUUCGCCCCCGGCACGCCCGAGCUGCCGUUCAAGGCCUUCCCCAAGCUGACCGUCGUGUCGACCAAUGGCCCCGCCGUCUUCGAGGGCGCGUACAAGGCUGCCGUCGAGGCCAAGACUGUCACCGAUGGUGCUGUCGUCUACGCCGUCUUCUUCUCCGGCUCGGACACCUACUACAAGGAGGUUGCCGUCAACGGUGCGGACUACGUCGCAGAUCUCCCUGACGGCGUUGAGGGCCAGGUCUACGUCGUUCUCAGCACCGCCAACGGCAAUGACGCCAAGGUCUCUGACGAGAACAUUGUUGCCGGUGUUGGUAUCCUCGAGAUCGGGGAUGACAACUAG